AUGGACGUCUACGGAACAGCAGUCACAGUCAUUACCCAGAUCUACCAAGUGACCGUCUUCAUCCAAGGCGUCGUCUCCGACGUUGAAGCCUUCGACGAUGAUCGGGCCGAAAUCCGACUCAAACUGAACCUCCAGCUAUCUACCCUGCUGUUUUUUAAACGCAUGUUUUUCCAUCCUGAAAAUGGGCUCAUGAUGCCAGGGAAAGCAGACCCUUUUAUCAUCGACACGGUGGAAGAUCUGCUGGUCCAGAUGUACAAAACCUUGGCCGAGUACCGGACUGUGGCUGCUAAAUAUGAUCUCGUGGAUGAGGAAUACACUAUGAAGCCGGAAGUUGCCGGCGAGAAGGAGUCUCUCCUGGAGCGAGCAAAAAGAAAGGCCAAACUUCUCAAGAUCAAGGGUUGUGACUGGUCGCUCUUCGACAAGCAGAAGCUGUAUCGUAUCCUGGAGGCGUAUACCAAGUGGUCGGAGGAUCUUCGCAAUAUUAUGCAGCACAUGUCGCAGGAAACGCUGGCCAGGUUGGCUCAAAGUGAUCAACAAGGGUUGAAAAGCAGUGGUCUGGAGCCAGUUAUGAAGCGUCGGAUGUUGGUCGAAGCUAAGGCUCCAGAUGACUACCAGAGUCUGCCCGGCACUAUUGCCGAGGAAGGCAAGCCAACAGGGGGAUUCCAACUGGGAAAAUGGACUCGGCCAAACUGCGAACCAACUCAAGUGAUCAUCGAGUACCACGAGUAUGAAAGUAUGCUCAAACGCGAUGAUCUGGAAAAAGACGAAGUCGACGAGCUCAAAGAGCCCCUUCGCAACCUUGCCUGGCUGCUUCAUAAUACCACCUUCAACGAAAAAUCAGCAGAUACCCUUGAUCAACCUAAGAUCUACGCGUUAGAGUGCCUUGGAUUCAUCGACCAGCCUGCCGAAGAGCGAAGUGUCUUCCUCUACAAGCUUCCUCCGUCCGAUGCUGCAACUGGGGCUACACUCACCACUCUACAUGCCUUCAUCAACGCCACGGACAGUACGAACAAACGUCCCUUGAAGAGGCCCACCCUCAAUGAUCGCUUCAACAUGGCGCACAGUCUCGCUAUGACAGUCUCCAACAUCCACGCCUCAGCCUGGGUGCACAAGAAUAUCUGGAGCAGAGGCAUUCUUCUCUUCCUCGAAACGCCAUCGGGUAUCAGCGCGUCGGGGCUCUACAAACAUCGCCUCUUAACACCCAUUGAUGGGAACAAAGUCAUUUCAUACCUGAGUGAUUGGGGAUAUGCACGCUCUGUCCAACAGGGCACAGAUAUGCGUGCGGAUUUCGAGGUGGAGCCGAAUCUGUAUCGUCAUCCGAAUCGACAGGGUCAUCCAAACCAGCAGUUCACCCGUCUGCACGACAUCUAUGCCCUGGGUGUGGUCCUACUGGAAAUUGGCCUGUGGGUGACAUUGUCCCGGUUGAUGGAGGCUAAGAUCAAAGAAGCAAAAAGUAAUGGACGGUUGCCGCGGCCGAAGAAGGUUGUUGAGGAUUUGAUGGCAUUGGCAAUUCAAGGAUUGCCGAAAGAGAUGGGCAUGGGUUAUACUAAAGCUGUGCUUGCCUGCCUGAAAGGAGACUUCCGAGGUACUGAAGGACCAACCUUGGCAGUUGACUUUCAGGAGAAAGUGGUAGAUGUUCUCAAGGAGCGUGUUGAUCUAUAG